UUCUACCACUCUUCCUCGCAAAAACAAAAACCUGAGUGCUUAUAUAUACAUGCAAAUCAUAACCAAGUUGCAGCAAUAUCAAUCAAACAUAAAGAUUUGCAUGUUUCUUAAUUAGUCCCAGAACACAGGCCAUGUCGAAAUUGAGUUUCCUUGAGUUUCACUAUAGCAGCUCUUUGGGGCACGCCUCUCAAUCCAAAAGUGCAGCCCCAAACAGCAACAACUUCAAAUCGAAGCAGACAUCAAAUAUGGGAUGCAAUUUUCAGCCAAGAUCAGAGGAAAUGAAAUGGGUGUUUGAGAAGUUUGACACGAACAAAGAUGGGAAGAUUUCCCUUGAAGAGUACAAAGCAGCUAUGAGGACAAUGGGGUGGGGAAUUGGAGGUACUGAGGCUGUGGAAUCUUUUGAGGUGAUGGACUCUGAUGGAGAUGGGUCCAUUGAUUUCAAAGAGUUCAUGGAAAUGUUCAACGUAGAGGAGAGGGUGAAGGAAACGGAGAUCAAGAGUGCUUUCCAAGUGUUUGAUUUGAACGGAGAUGGGAAAAUCAGUGCAGAGGAGUUGUCACAUGUUCUGAAAAGCCUAGGAGAGAGUUGCAGCCUCAGUGCUUGUAAGAAAAUGGUGAUGGGAGUAGAUGGAAAUGGUGAUGGCUUUAUAGACUUUAAUGAGUUUAUGAGGAUGAUGAUGAGUGGCAAGAAACUUACCUAAGUCAUCAUAUGUAUCUGCCUUUUUCCUCUGCAUCUUAGGUUGCUACAUUCAUCUUUUAGUUAAUCUAUGUAUGUGUAUUUUCUCCUUGAUUUUUCUAUAUAUCCUGUUGUGUUAUCAGA